AGGCUCCUCUCAGCCUGAUGAAAUGUGUCUGAGCUUCCCGGCCCGCUGGUCACAUGAUAUAACUCUGCUCACUGCCGAGCUAACCUGCUAGCUUCAUGUCAAAGCCGCUGUCAACAGCUACACACGGACGGAGGAGCCGACCAUAACUUGCGAGUUUGUCACAAACCCGUGGAGUCUCUUGGCAAGGACUCGUCUUCUCUCCUACUCACUCUCUUCAAGAUAUCGAGUCAUUAGACUUCCGCCCCAAUUAGCCUCAGGGGGUUUCGGCAUCUUCAAGAAUCGUCAAGGAAAGCAAGUCCUCCAUCAGCGCAGAGAUAUCGACAGACUGAGGUUGUGGACUCACAUGGGCAAGAUGGAUGAGCGAUAAAUAAGACAUCAACUUCAGAGGUAAGGUACACGUUGAUUUCGUAAUGACAAGCUGCUGUGCAGAAGAUGUCCACGCUGUCUGUGACUGAUAUCCCAGAUGUUGGUCAUGAUGAGAGUAAGGUGUUUGACAGGGCCUCUGAGCUGCAGCUGGACUGCCUGGUUGAGGAGAGCAGUGGAAGCACCACAAUGAAGCACGAAGGCCUGCUGUCGCUGGCUGACCUCCCGCAGCCAGAUGACUUCUCUGCCCCCCCUCAUAACGGCCCUGCACUGACUGAGAUGAGCAGCCCUCUGCUGGUCGACCCCAGUGACAUCAAGCCAGAACCAGCUGCAGGUGACACAUCUGCAAGCAUAGAUGGUCAGCCGGUGAAGAGAAAGAAGGGACCUGCUCCAAAGAUGCUUGGCAAUGAGGUGUGCAGUGUAUGCGGUGACAAGGCCUCUGGUUUCCACUACAAUGUGUUGAGCUGUGAGGGCUGCAAGGGCUUCUUUCGACGCAGCGUCAUUAAAAGUGCCCAGUACUCCUGCAAAAACAACGGACGCUGUGAAAUGGACAUGUAUAUGCGCCGCAAGUGCCAGCAGUGCCGCCUGCGCAAGUGUCGGGAAGCAGGCAUGCUGGAGCAGUGUGUGCUCUCUGAGGAACAAAUCCGACUGAAGAAGAUGAAGAAGCAGCAGGAGGAGGAAACGGCCCGCACGUCCACAGUGGUCACCCCCACCCCACUGCAGGAAACAGCUGCACUGGAUCCACAGCAGCAGGAGAUGAUCGAGAAGUUGGUGGCCAUGCAGAAGCAAUGCAACAAGAGAUCUUUCCUUGACCGACCUAAAGUGACACCGUGGCCACAGAGUCAGGACUUGCAGAAUCGAGAAGUACGUCAGCAGAGGUUCGCCCACUUCACUGAGCUUGCAAUUAUGUCGGUUCAGGAGAUAGUGGAUUUUGCAAAGCAGCUUCCUGGUUUCCUGGAGCUCACAAGGGAGGACCAGAUCGCUCUACUGAAGACAUCUACCAUUGAGAUUAUGCUGCUCGAGACAUCUCGGCGGUACAACCCUACUAUCGACAGCAUAACAUUUCUGAAGGAUUUCAGCUAUAAUAAGGAGGAUUUCGCCAAAGCAGGGCUUCAAUUCGAGUUCAUUAACCCCAUUUUUGAGUUCUCAAAAGGAAUGAAUGACUUGCAUUUGGACGAGGCGGAAUAUGCCCUGCUCAUUGCCAUCAACAUCUUUUCUGCAGAUCGGCCGAAUGUGCAGGAUCACGAUCUGGUGGAAAGGUUGCAGCAGCCCUACGUGGACGCACUGCGAUCCUACAUCAUGAUAAAGAGACCAAAUGAUCACUUGAUGUUUCCUCGUAUGCUGAUGAAGCUGGUGAGCCUUCGUACACUGAGUAGUGUCCACUCGGAGCAGGUCUUUGCCCUUCGCCUCCAGGACAAGAAACUCCCCCCACUGCUCUCUGAAAUCUGGGACGUCAAUGAGUGACUGCAAACCUGACGUCCCAGUCUGUGUCUAUCUGAAGCCUGAGACAGACCUGGCAUCGAGCAAGAAAGAAAAGACUCCUUUCUGCCCAUCUGGUCAGGGAUUGGUUAUGGCGUUUGAAAUGUUUUUUUCUUUUUUGGUGGGAGGAGAGACUCUAACAGACUGCUGAAUGGUUUGAGUUCAUGAGGACAAACAUGGACACCUAGUUUUCUUUGAGCCUUGUGUUGUUCUUUGACUUGAUGCAGACAUGAUGUUGAUAUUGAAUCCCAGCAUCAGGCUCUCUAGCCAGCUAUCUUUGAUUUAAUAUCUGUUGAAAGUUGUGUCGAUCUCUAGUGCAGUUCUGAACUCAUCCUCUAAUAAUUAGAAUCCAACUUCUGAGCAGGUCUUAGCUGUGGCUGCCUCAAACGCCAGAUUUUUCAGCUGCACAUUGAAUUGAAAUAGUGAUUUCUGCAGUUGUGCAAUAGGUGGAAGUAAUAGCAGCACUAAGCAUGGGCAGACCCAGAGCUGCUGUUCACUUUAUUGAUGUUUGAGUAAAAUGGUAGACCAUCUGGUUGGUAUUGUGCAUUAGGAUAUGGCUUGUGUUUGUUUUGGAGUAAGCGCAGAAAUCGGUGGGUUGGUGUAGUCGCUCAGGUAAAGUCAUGUGAAGUAGACCUCUGGAAACCUGGGGCUUCUUUAAUUUCUUUUUGAUUAGUUUUAUUCCAAGUGCAUAAGGGACCCUUUUGGUCAUUUGUAGAUGCCCAUUAACUUUCAUGUAAAAUUGUAUAUUUAUUUUCACGAGCAGAAUGUGUAGACUCACACAUGUAAAGUAUCCUUAAGAUUGCACAAUCACAUACUAAUGCACAAGAAAGCCCCCCCCCCCCCCCCCCCCGAUUGAGCACCAGUACCUAAAAAUAAUUGGUAUUUGUGUAUCUCCAUAUUCCACAAAAAGAUGAAAUGUUCUGAAAAGGUCAAGUUAACAUCUUAAUGUCAAUGUUUAAAAAAAAAAAAAAAAAAAAACUGACAAAGUUGUAUCCAGAGAUCAAACUAGAAAGAAUUCCCUCUAUUAACAUGUGUUUGUCUUUAUGUUCAUGUAAGGUGUAUGUUUAUUCAUUUCAUAACAAAGCAGUGCAGUUACUCACAUAUUCUGAUGUGUUUUUAUUCCACAAGAGUUUAGAGGAGAGAAAUGUAAAAACAUUGCGCAACAUAGAAAAUUUCACAGUCUUUAUUUUUGAUAAUAUACUGUAACAAUAAACAUGAGCUGAACUUCAGAUGGAAAACUAGGUUAACUGAACGGUCUACCACAGUCUUUGAGUAUGUUUCUCAAACAGGUAUUCAACACCAACGGCUUUAACUGGUCCGACUCUGGAAAGCCUCGCUACAAACUGCACCAAAAUCAACUUCAACAGGAAGCGGAGGACGACAAGAAACGAGUAGAAAUAUUAAUAAAGUCUAUGACUACAGAGAUGCUGUGUUUUCCAUGAAUUCUCCUGUGCAGUGUAAACUUGAAAUACGUAACAGAUGAUAAAGGAAUGUCAAUGCAAAUCCAUCACUGUGCAGCCUGUUUCUGACCGUUAGACUGUCAUUAUGUUGGAUGUUAAAUGAUGUCGCCCACGACCUAACACACAAGUGGUUAAAACAAUUUAGCUUGUCAUCCCUGGUGUGAGGCACUGUGAUGCUUUUCACCGUUUUCCACAAAAUGUACCACAACGCCCCCUUAUUUUAUCAACAAUUGAAAGUGAAGAAGUUGUGCAAAUAUUACAGAACUCACAAGUACAACAACUUCUUUAUCACAUUCAGUAAGCUGUAAUUAGGAUGUCAUUUAGGGAGUUAAUGGCCUAGUAGUUGUAUAAUAUAGUUGUACACAAUAAGGCAUUAUUGGUUGUUUUAUAUUGACAAAUAAAAUCCAAUUUGUAACUUAAAUGCAUGCUUACAAGUAACUAGAGAAGUGUAAUUAUAAAGAAAUAACUAACCCCUGACCAUUGCACAGGAACAUUUUAAGUGCCAUACAGUACAUCUGUGAUGUGUAACAGAGAAUUGAAUCUGUGAUGGUCUUGAUUAAAUCGCUAAAUGAAGCAGUAGACCAGAAUUCCCUGCAUCAGCAUAUUGACUCUUAACGUCUGUCCUCGCACACACCAUAAGAUAAAAUAUUGUAAAUGGACAAACACAGCUCCACCUGUUGGUUGUUUGAAUUAAAAUGGAUGUUUUUCCUCCACAGUCUUCCUUGUGGUAACAGUGACACAGUGUGUUCUUGAGACUGCAGAAUCAUCACAGAAACAACAGCAUCCGGGCUGUUUUUCUUCCUCUUCCUGCAACAGUUACUUAAAGAAAACACCUGAAAAAAAACAAAAACAGAGGCUACAGAGAAGGAAGUGCAGUCCAGUUACACAACACAAGAGGAUGCACUCUGGUCUUUAGCCACCUGUUGCCUUCCCUCUCCAGAUUUCAGUUUUUAUUGAGGCAUUUGAAAAGAGUGUUUUCUUUUUAUUGAUUUCCCUCCAUCUUUCUAACCCUCGUGUUUAAUGGUUUUCUGUUUGAAUAAUUGAUCGAUAUUAAAGAAGCAGAUAAAUGGAGGUCUGCGCUGUAUUUUGAAAACUUGUGAUUUGAUUCUGUUGGCAAUGCAAAGCUUUCUUUUAAACCAUUUUAAGAUUAAAUGUGAGGUUUGAGUGAUUUGUUUUAAGUAUCCACAGCCAAACAUUUACCUCGUUUAAAUUGCACUUCAUUUUAAAGAUUAAAUUACUUACAAGUGGAAUUCCUUUAUUUUUUUUGUGUGCUUUGCUCUGAUCAAAAGAGCCAAAAUCAUCAAUGUCGGCUCUUUAAGCAUACAUGUCAUGUCCGUGCUCGAGGUUAAUUGUACUGUACAUACUUUGUCAUCUCUGAUCUCUUUGUAUUCCUGUCCGCAAAGGGUGAACAUGUAAACUUACAGUUGUAUAGAAAUGCAAACCUAUUUUAAUACUCGUUACUUCUUCUGUUUUGUAUGAACUGUGUAAAUUAAAACUAAGCUGUAGUGCUGAUACGCUUGGAAUCAAAAUAAAUUGUUUGCCUGUCA